AUGGUGUGGACUAUUUUUUUCAGCGUUUGUGCGUCGGCUUUUGGUGAUAGUGUGAUGACUCUGUUUAUGAAGUUGGUUAUGACGAUGUGCCGCCAAAGGGGAAUGUAUCCAAACCACAUCGUCAAUACCCUCAAAUGCAUCUUUCCGCUAUUAGAAGACCGCAGCCCUUAUAUGCACGAACUACAGAAGGCAGUGAACCGGUUAAAAAGAUCUUUGUUGAAUAUAGAGAUCAAACACACUUGGUACUCGAUUAAGCAGUGCAACAAACAAGUCAAAGAGCUGAGGCUGCGCAUAACGGAAACAGUAGGACACGAAAUGUGUACAAUGUUCUACGAAACCCAAGAAGCAACAUUCCAAAAGAUGUACCAUAACCGCACCAGGACUGUCAACGAUAAGCUAGAUCGACUGUGUAGAAAAAUAUCCGAUGAGGCCACCCCUUCAAUCAACGAAAAAGCUGUCUUCAACGCAACGUCCAAGCAAAUACCGGAGGAGAUGCUCACGCUUCUGAGUUUGGGGCCAAAGUUCACACUCCCGUACACCAACGUUAUCCAGCUUCCCAUCUACCACCUCCUAGCAGGCAUCGAAAACAUCAUCAAAACGCAACCAACCAAAAGCAUCCAGGAUCAAACAAGAUGCCAAAUAGUACACCGGGUACAAAACUUCUUGAACCACCCACAGUCUCUCAACUCCGUGGAUCCAGUCGCCAGAUUUUGCAAAUCCGCAAUUAGAGUGACCAAGAAGUUCAUCGCCGACAACCCCGAAUUAUGCAUAACCGAAUCAGACAAGGGCAACCGAACGGUUAUUAUGAACAUCGAGGAUUACGAUCGAAAAAUGAAAACGCUGGUCGACGAUGACACGGUGUACGUCAAGCUGAAUAAGGACCCAACCAGUGGAUACGAGACUAAAAACAACGAAAUGGUCAAGCGUCUGAGGAAUCUGUCUCUCAUAGACGAUCGCACAGCUUACAAGCUAAAAUGCAACACGGCCGUCUGCCCUCGCAUAUACGGCCAGCCCAAAGCCCACAAACCCGACCUUCCCCUUAGGCCAGUCGUACCCAACAUCACGAGCCCCACAUACCAUCUCUCGAAAUACGUGAGCGUCAUACUACAAAACGCAAUGUGCAGUCCACACAACAUACGGGAUUCGUUUACGUUUGCAUCCGAGAUAAACCGAAUGAAAAUUCCAGAAAACCACGUCGUUGUCUCAUUCGACGUGAUUUCCUUGUUUACUAACAUUCCCAAGGAACUGGUGUUACAAGGAAUUUUCAGAAACUGGGAAAAAAUUAAACGACACACACAGAUCAAUCUCGAUCUGUUUCAAGAGCUCGUCGCUUUCUGCUUGGAUACCAGCUACUUUAUGUUCCGUGCACAAGUCUACCACCAGCAAUUUGGGACAGCCAUGGGGAGUCCUCUGUCGCCAAUCCUGGCAGACAUGGUUCUCGACGAACUGAUAGACACCGUAGUCCAAAGGCUGGAUUACGUGAUAAAUUUCCUCAAAAAAUAUGUGGACGACUUCUUCUUGGUACUACCCCGAGACAAAGUCGACUACACUCUUCAAGUUUUCAACAGCUAUAACGAGCACCUCCAGUUUACUGUCGAGGUUGAAAACGAAAACAAACUACCUUUCCUUGAUGUGGUAGUAAUCAGAGGAGAUGACCAAAUGCUAUCGACAGAAUGGUAUGCGAAGCCCAUAGCGUCAGGCAGACUCGUCAACUAUUUCUCAUACCACCCACUGCCACAGAAAAUGAACGUAAUAACCAACUUCAUAAACAGAGUCAUCACACUAUCACCAAAAGCCGACGCACAAACGCUGAAAAAAAUAGUCCACACCAUCCUACGCAACAAUAACUAUCCAACCAAUUUGAUCAAUCGCAUCUUCCAUCGAACUCUAUCACAUGCCACUGCCGGACCACCACUCGGGCCAACAUCCAAUAGCAUUGCCAACAAUGUUAACUCUAUGCCACACCACAUCGCUACCAACACCACCACCGCCAGCACCGCUAACACCGAAGCCACCUCCACCACCUCCACCGCCACCCACACCACCACCAACGCUGCUACCUCCAUCCCCACUGCACCAGAUCCAGACCAGAACACCUGCACUCCAACAGCCCCAUCAACGCAUCCUACAACUGAUGCAUUCAAAUACGUCAGCCUCCCGUAUAUCCCCCAACUCAGCCAGAGUAUAAGCCGAUGCCUGCAACAGGAAUACCCAACGGUGAAGAUAGCUAACCGAAAGGUUAACACAGUCGGACACCUACACACCAGAGUCAAAGACCGUAUAGACCCGAUGCAGCAACACAACGUGAUAUACCAAAUACCAUGUAGCGACUGUAACCAAGUCUACAUCGGUAUGACGACGAACAAACUGAGAAAACGCUUAAGUGGGCACCAAUCGAACAUCAAUCAACUCAACCGACUACGGGACCAGGGUUACACCAACACCGACCAAGCAAUGAUCCAACAGAGCUCAAAAACAGCCCUAACCGAGCACUGCGUAAAAGAGGAUCAUCGCUUCGCUCUGCAACAGACGAAAAUACUCGAUAGGACACACAACAGAUCCACUCUGCCCCUGCUAGAAUGUUUCCACAUCUACAAUACCCCCCGCACAGUGAACCACCGCACCGACGUAGAAGGCCUCAGCUCCAUAUACUGCGGGCUUCUACGAACAAUAGCAGCAAAACAAGUCAAGAGAACCCAAACAAACCCGCCGCCACCACAGCACCCCAGCACAUCCAACCCCGACAACCAACAACCAACAGAUGAUCAACAGCAAUAAAUCACCAUAACACUACCCCACAGACAUAGGUACCAGUCCAACUUCACACACAUCGUCACAUGUAACUGAGAGAGACAUUUCAACAAUCUCCCAAAAAUUCUCCAUUAGCAUUUCCACUAAAACUAGUAAUCAGUGUCUAGACGCCAUGAUAGUGUUCGGCGCAGUGGUAAAACAAAUUAUUGUAAACUACACCCUCACCAUCUACCCACAAAUAGCCAACACAAGCUUAAAUUCACCAAACCCGACAGCCCUACGCCAAGCAACCGGCGAUACAAACGUAGCGGUAUCCCUAUAACCUCCCUGAAGAAGGCCCAAACCAAGGGUCGAAACGUCGGAUGAAAUAGUAUCACCCCGCUUAUAAUUUAUCCGGACCGAAAAGCCAACCAUAGAGGGAUAACUCUGCCAAUCCGUCGGUCGUUUCCACAAUCAGUACUACUUAAGUACUCCAUCAAACUGGAGCCUCUCAAGUUAAUGUCUGAGCUGCCCCAGAUGAUAUGGUGAGCGUUAGCAUCACUGCCAACAAUUAGCGGAAGGCCUUUUGAAGUGCAGUAUGCGAUUACUUGUUUGAAAGCAUCCGGAGCAUAGGAGCCCUGCCAAGGUGGUUCCACUUCCCUAAUAAUUGAUUAUUCACGAGUUGAAAAGAACGCAACAAAUUCAGCUUCCGUUUUGUCUGCAACAAAAGUUUUAGAGAUCAUGUCAUUAUCUGUCACCAGUUGGGAUAAUGAGUAAUCGCCGCGCCUUCCUUGUUGCUUGUUUUGUGCCUCUUUUGUCUGACAAUUCUCUUCACUGCUUAAGGUUGCAGAAGCGGAUUGUUUCAGAAAUUGCCCCAUGAGUUUCUUCAGAAAUUACUUCGGAAUUAACUCCAGAAAUUCCUCUACAGAUUCCUACAGAAAUUUCUCCCAGAAUUCCUAUAGCAAACAGUCCAUGGACUUCCUCAGAAAUGUCCACAUGAAAUCUUUUAGAAAUCCCUCCAGGGAUUCCUUUGGAAAUUCUGCCAUGAAUUCCAGCAGGAAUUAUUUAAGUUAGUCCUUCAGAAAACCAGAUAUUCAUAAUUCCUUCAGAAAUUUAUCAAAGCUUUCCUUCAAAAAUUACUUCAGGGUUUGCUUUAACGACUCUUCAAGACAUUCUUCCAGGAUUUUUUCAAGGAUUCCCUUAAUUUCUUCCAAAAUUACUUCAUGCAUUCCUUUACACAUUACUGCAGCGAUUCUUUCAGAAAAUCUUCCUUUGAUUUCUUUAGAAAUCACUUCACGGAAAUCCUUCAUAAAGUCUUUCAAGCAUUUUUUUUUUCGGAAAUUCCUAAAGCCAGUUCUUUUGAAAUUCUUCCAGUUAUUGCGUCAUGAAUUAGUAUAGAUAUUUCUUCAGCAAUUUCUCCAAUGGCUUCAUUGAAAUUUCCCGAAUUGAUGUUAUUCGGGGCUCCUACAGAGAUUCUUGUUUGAGAUUUCUUUCAGUGAUACCAGCAGGAACUCGUACAGGUAUUUCUCUGUAUUUCUCAAGAAUUUCCUUUAGGAUUUCCUCCUGAGAUACCUCUAGAAAUAUCCUCAAAUUUUCAGUUAAACCUGUAAAAAUAUCUCCAGAAUUUUUUAAUGGAAUUGCUACAAGAAUUCCGUAAUAAAAAAUGUAUCACGAGAUGCUUCUAGGAAGAUUUACAGAGGUUGAUCCAUUUCUAUCUC